UUGUAAGCAGACUGCUGAGAAUUAUGAAGAUGAGCCAAACUCUGAACAUGUAACAGAAAAUUCUAAACAAAAAGCAAUGCUAGAUGAGGACUAUUUAGAUUUUGAACAGGGAAAUUAUUUGCUUUGGACUGAUGAUAAUUGCGAACAGAAAGAAGAAUCAAAAAUGGAAGUUGUGGGUUCAGAAGCAAAGAAUGAUAAGAACAUGCAGGGGAGUGAAAAGUGCCAGCAGGAACCUCAUUGUGACAAACAGGGAAAAAAUAAAGCUAUUCUCAACAUUCUGACUUUAAGCACAAACAUUCGACAGUCAAGGAGAAGAGCAAGACUUCUUCAAAAUUUAGAAUAUCAGGGAAACAUGCUUGUCUCAUAGAUGAAGUAUGUAAAAAGGUAAUUGGCAGCCCAUGCUUAGCCAGGAAUAAGAAGGUGAUAAUAAUAGGAGAUUCUCGUAUCAAGUCCCUGGCAGAAGUUGGGAUGGAUAGAACUACACGUUUCAGCAUUGACAUCAAGUGUGUCCCAGACUUGACCCUUGAUAAGCUGAAGGAGUCUGUUGAGCUCUAUGUUGAUAAAAAGUAUUUCUCGGAAGGAAUCUUACUCAUUUGUAGUGUUGGAAUAUAUGACAUCAUUGAAAUAAUUGACAAUCCGUCCUGCCAAGAUAACAACUGCCGUAUACCAAUGAAACAAAUUUGUUCGACAAAACCAAAUUCAGAUCCUGACCUUGUUAAUAAGAUGAUGGUGGUGAGGAGCGGUUUGCAAAAUUUAUUGGGUAACAGUUCUGAAGUCUAUUUUACAACUAUUCUUCCAGUAAACAUUUCAAAGUUUAAUUUAUUUCAUUGCAAACAGCAUACAGAUUCUACUCAUGAUGUAGUUACUCCUAAACUGUCAAAUGAUUUUACAAGUCAAGUUGAUCAUAUGUUACAUCAGUUAAACUCCAAAGUCACAGAAUUAAGCGUAAGAAGAGAUGGAAAAAUUAUUCCAUGGAAUCUCUUACCUUUUACUUCAGGGAACAAUUCACGUGUAGAUGCAUAUCUGUUAGAUGGUUUAAAUCCUUCAAAAAAUAUUGCACAAACUAAUGUAAUCCCCAUGCUCAAAUGUACCAUUAAACAGUACUAUAUGAAGAGGUACCAUGGAGUUGUACUUAUUGGUGACUCCAGAAUACAAGCAUUGGAGAAAGCUUGGCCCACUGACACUGAUGACACAAUGUUAACUGUACUGACACAGUCCAAGUUGUCUUUCCAUACUUUCACUCAAGAAAACCCUAUUGUCAAAGAAAUUACUGGCAAGAAAAAUUCACUAAUAGUAAUUAGUUUAGGGAUGUAUGAUUUAUUAAACUUUGUUGCAGAGGAUGGCUGUGAUUCUCAUGAGAUUAAAUUAGAAUUACCCUCUUUAUGUAUACAGAAUUUGGACAGCACUGAUGAAGCAUGGAUUGCUUUUGCAAACUCCUUAAAGAGAGUUGACCGACUUGUGCGUAGAGUGACUAUUGAUUGUGAUGUUAUAAUAACAACCAUUUAUCCAUUUGAUUUUCUGAGCUUCAAAAAUCACCUGAUUAAGAUGCAUGCUGAGAAAACUGGGCAUGUUAUACAAAGUCAAAAAUCAUCUGAGGAACUUGAAGAAAAACUAAACAAGAUUGGCGCCUUCAUAAUAAGAAUAAAUGAGAUUGCAUUCAAAAUUGCUCGAGAAAAACAUUUGCCUUUGUGGGAUUUAGAUAGCUUGAUGUUUAAUGAUUUUAAAUUUUUAAGGAUGAGUCCCCUUGUGUGA